AUAAGUUGCCAGCCUAUCCCACGAUUAUCCCAUCCUGCACACUUAUCAUCUUCACGUCAACUCCAGAAGCAGCAAACGAUACCUGAUCUUCAAAUCAACAUUAUUUAUCGGUUAGAACCGAGAUUAACUCCUUAGCCACCGUUAAAAACAAAACAAUCAUAACCAUUAAAAUGCAACUCAUCCUCACACUCCUCGCCGCCGCCACCCUAAGCGUCACCACCUCGGGCCUUCCCCAUCCUCAAUCCCAGACCCCUACUUGCAAGCGUCUCGUUCCUGUCACUGGAGUUGACCUCUUCGGCACCUACCAAUGUGCCGCAUAUGGCUCUCACGACGAGACCCUUCAGUUCAACAUCGGCCCCGUCGCCAGCGGCGCCGGGCCCUGCACCCUGAUUGCCCAGUUCCCGCAGGGUUACUCCGUCCGUCAACUCGGCCACGGCCAGCUAUAUGUCUAUGGGCUCGCUGGUAAUUCAACCGGGGCUCAGGUUGGCACUGUUGGACCGUUUCCCGUUGAUGAGAGGGGGCUGAUGAGUCAUGAUGUCUAUACGACGAUUAAUAGCUUUGAGUGUAAGGAUGUGUUGAAGUUUCGGUUUUCUGUUGGGAGUGAGGAUCAAGAGGGGUUUUUUGGGUUUUUGUCGACGUCGGAAGCUGGGUUCUUCGUCAAGGUCGGUGAUUGUUAG